UUGGCACUGAAAGGCAGCUCUGAUGGGCACUGAUAUGUGGCAUUGAUGUGCACUGAUGGGCACUGGUAUGUGGCAUUGCCAGGGGCUGACUGACAACUCAUGGGGCCCUCGGGCAAUAGGGGAUCAUGGGGCCCCUGUAUCCUUGCCCAAACUCAAAAAAGCCUAUGAAAAAGGUACCAGGGGCAUCUCAUGGGGCCCCCUACUGACCCUGGGCCCUCGGACAGUGCCCAAGUUUCCAAAUGGUCAGUCCGCCCCU